AAACGAAAAUCUUUAACAGUUCCUUUCUCAGAGUAAACAGACGCAAACGCCUAAACUUAACCGGGCACGAUUGGCCGUAAUAUAAUCAAAGGAAAACCUAGCUGUUGUUGCAUCUGGGUCAUCAAGAGAGAGAGAUAAAAAUGGGUAACAGAGAAGAAGAUCUUCACGCGGCAGCAAGGUCCGGUGACCUGAAAUCUGUGCAGUUAAUACUUUGCUCUAACCCUUUAUCCCUCAACUCCAGAGAUAAGCACUCCAGAACUCCACUACAUUUAGCUGCAUGGUCAGGGCAUACAGAGGUGGUGAGUUAUCUCUGCAAGCAAAAAGCUGAUGUUGGUGCUGCGGCCAUGGAUGACAUGGGUGCAAUUCAUUUUGCAUCCCAAAAGGGACAUUUGGAAGUUGUCCGGGCUCUAGUUUCUUUCGGUGCCUCUGUUAAAGCUCUCACACGCAAGGGCCUAACUCCGCUUCACUAUGCUGUUCAAGGGUCUCAUCAGGAUCUUGUUAAGUACUUGGUUAAAAAAGGUGCCAGUCUCAGUGCCAAGACAAAAGCAGGAAAAACACCUCUUGAUCUUGCACGGAGCGAAGAAAUCCGCUCCUUUUUGGAAGAAUGGGAACAAUCGUCUAAGAAAGGAAAUCAGAAUCCUAAAGAGAAAGCUGAAGGAACUGAUUCAAUGCAAUCGCCAGUGGAAAAGCCAGAGAAUUCCAGUGGUGAAGUUGCUUCUGGUAUCGAUGAAGAACAGGGGGAUGCAAGUCUGAAGAGGAAGGGUAAUGAGCAUGAUAUUAAGGAAGCCUCAUCAGAACCGAAGAAGACAAAAGUAGCGCUUAAACAUCUGCUAAGCGCGGACGACACUCAAGAGGAUGAAGAAACAUUGUAAUAAAACAUAAGAGUAAUUUAAUAAUGACUGUAUCAGUAGAGUAAUGGAGCAUCAUGGAGCUCAUUUGCUUCAUUGCGUAGGAUGAUGUAGAUGUUUCACUUUAUAAAAUAGCUAAUGUCUUUCCGUUUUCUUCCCUGA